AUGUGCAUCAUUUUAGGUCUUAUUCUAUUGUUCAUUGCUCUAGCGACACCAGCAUGGCAGGUCAAUUUUUCCGCCUUUCAUGGAGCAUUUUUCGCUUUCACAGUUUUCUGCGCUUGGACGCAGUAUUUUUCAUUUCGGCUUCAGGUAGUGUACGCAAGAGAGCUUCAGCAAUGGCUUCAAAGUGGAUUAUGGAUGUCAUGUCAAACUAGCACUUUUUAUUCUCUUUGUUUGUAUCAUGUGGAUAUGUACAAUAUUACAGCUCUCAUCUGUUGUGGCAGUAAUGUUGCCUUCAUUAUAUUUUCAUAUAUGGUGGAGUACCGGUUCUUACAAGUCUCUGUCAGCGGAAUUUAUGAAAAACAUCGUGGAUACUCAUUCUACGUUGCUCUAUGUGGCUCACUCCUCUACGUUGUUGCUUUCUUUUUUUCACUCACCUAUAUUAUUCAUAUCUUACGAAAGGAUCGAUACCUAGGUGGUAACGUCGACCUUGGACGAACAAUGGUUGGUGAGAUGUAG